GACCUUUUUACCUUACGCACUCAUGCAUACAAUACAAACUCACCGCUCAGCUCACUAACAUAAGACUUAAGCUUUAAGCUCAUCUUAUAUUUAAAUUCUAUUUAAAUAACCUACUUCUCAGUACUACUUACCUCUAUAAACCAACCGGUAGUAUUAUUUCUUCCGUGUACGGUAACGCAAUUACACCUCGAAUAUGUCGCCAUCGCAACCUAGUCCCCAAUCGCCGAACGACCAGGCCGCGCAAUCCAGUGGGCCGACGGCUCAUCAGCCCGUCCAGACGAUACAACCCGUCGCACUUCAAGCAAUGGAUCCUCAGCGCCCUCAGCCCGAACAACCCGAAUACGGAAACUUGCGCGGCGGAGAGCGUAGUUCGUGCUGUCCAGGCCGCUUCUGCUUCUGUAUUCCCUGCCCGCUACCAUGCGAUUUCUGCAUCAUUUAAGCACAUAUUGUUUAUUAUGGUAUCACUACGACUGUUAUAGAUGACUUGGUCGCGGGCGUU